UCCUCUAACGCCCUAACUUACUCAUCGCAGCGAGAGAAAAACACCGCUUCGCUCGGCGUCGCUUUUCUCAUCUUCCUCUGCGCGACCAUGGCGAUGGCAUCUUCCGAACAACCGUUGAAGAAGCGAAGGCUCUUCGAUCCGCCACCGGAGACGGUGUCUCAGCCGGAGACCUACGUGGCUCUGCCAACCACUCCAACGCCGUUGUCUCAAGAAGAAAUUCUCUCGAGGAGGAGAAACAGAGACGAGAUUCGACGUGUUUACGAGAAUUACAAGAGAAUUAAGUCUUGGAUUUCCCUUAAAGGGAAAGAUGCUCGGUACAUGCCUGAGCUUGAACAAGCUUACCUGGCUCUAAUUUCUGUUUCUAGAGGUUGUAUAAGCGUACAGCGACUUGUGGCUGAUUUUGUUCCACGAUAUGCCUCGUAUUGUCCAGCCGCCCUUGAAGCUGCUACCAAAGCCAUCAUCAAUGUGCAUAACUCUAGCUUGGAAGUUAUGAGUAGGGAAGAAGAUGCUGAUAAUGUUGCGUUCCAAACUGCUAAAGCUUGCAUUUUUGGUCUAGCUGAUAUUUGUUCGACAGCUUCUAUAGAGGCACCAAGAUCAUUGGUUGCAAGAGCCAUCUGCUCAACUGUUUUCCAGAAUGUUCUCUCCUUUCUCUUAGCAUCCUUCAAGGGGAAGGAUUUGUUUCAAAUUGUUGAUAAAGAUAUUUGCAAAAUUCUGGAUUCUGAUGAAAUGUAUUCUGCGCUAAAGCAAAAAUUUUCUGAUGAAGAUGAAUCUUCAUUGAUUAAGUUAUCCAAAUUCCGUGUCUUGAUUCUACUCUGGAUUCUGUUCCGUUAUCCAAAAAAAUUGUUGUAUGUCUGUUUUGAGCUCUUCAGGUCAUCUGAAACUGAAGCUGAUAAAGGGCUCUAUUUUAUGAGACAGGCAACAGGCAGGCUUGAUGAUCUUGAUGCCAAUUGCAGUUUUGAUAAACUAAAUAUAGAGCCUAAAAGUUGUACGGAUCCCCUUGGAACAAGCACCAAAGGCAGUGUGCUUACCGGUGAGACACCUGGAUCAGAUAGUGGCAAUGUCCUGGAAGAUGCAUCUUCUGUUCUAAAGAGCUCUUUGUUGGGUCUGGUUUUUGGUAGAAGUCCAUCAUUGAGAAAUUGGAUGCUUUUGAAGUUCAAGAAAUUGUGCGAAUUAUCUCUAUCCAAAUCUGUACCAGAGAUUAUAUCUAGCUUAGAAGGGAUCUUUGAAUCUUUUGGGAAAGGUAUUAAGAUAGAAGAUAGUCUAGUUGACAGUGAUGAGGAUGAUUCUGAUUCCUCUAAAUUUUCUGGUCUGACAAACUUUAUCUCUAGAAAGUCUAAUCAACAUGAAACCUCGAGUGACCAAUCUGGAAGAGAAACUAAUCUCCACUUAAAUGCUGGUUCUAGCCAUGAUAGUGGAGGUUCAAGGUCCAUGGACUAUGAAAGGCAUGACCGUGGGGAUUUGCCCACUAGCAGGUCUUCUGUUCUGAGGGAUCCAUCAAGCCAUCAGUUGCUUUCACCUGCUACUAGAACACCACGGGACUUCAGGAGUACUUCCUUUGAAGGUAGAAACCACUUGAAGAAUGCUGACAUGAGUCAAGUUUCAAAUUCUGGUGGUGCUUCAGCUCUAAGAUCCACCAGCGGAGGUGUCAGCAAUGCUUUGGCAUCACCCAAUAAUCGUUUUGCAGCAUCUUCUCAAAGUGUUUGGUAUUUUGAUAGUGAUCCUGCUAGCAUGGGUGUUUUCUCAGCUUCUCUGCAGCUAUGGUUGGGAUCUUUAGGGGCUGAUGCAUCUGAGGGUUAUGUAAGGUUUGAGCUAGAGCGGUUUGGUCCCAUUGAGCAAUAUUACUUCUUUCCAGUUAAAGGUUUUGCUUUGGUCGAGUAUAGAAACAUCAUCGAUGCCGUACAAGCUAGGGAGUACAUGCGUGGUUGUUUUCCUUGGCGAGUAAUGUUCAUGGAUGUAGGGUUGGGAACCAGGGGUUCUGUGAAUGGUGUUGCUGUUGGUUCUAGUUCACAUGUUUAUGUUGGAAACAUUUCGAGUCAAUGGGCAAAGGAUGAAACUCUGCAUGAAUCACGGAAAGUGGUCUACAAGGGUCCUUAUAGGGUUAUUGAUCUUACUUGUGAAUGUGCAUUGCUGCUGGAAUAUGAAACUCCUGAAGAAGCUGCUGCGGUUAUGGCACAUCUUAGACAGCAUCGAAAAGAAAGAAGCAGCCAUAUACCGCCAUUUAAUGCUGCACCACCUACUGUCACAGUCCUCCAUGUUGACAGUGCCUCAGCAAGCAUGUCAAGCAGCUCAAUGGAACUUGUAUCUCCGAAGUUAAGGGUGGAGAAUCAUGGAACUCACGUAUCAGGUGCACAUCCAUUUCAAUCAAAUUGGCCUCCACAUGGUUGUACAGAUAUGCCAGAAGGUGCCCAAGGAGGUGGUGUUCCUGUCUCCGGUGCCUCCUCCCAAGUAUGGAAUUAUCAUAAACCUGCAAGUGAUCUGCAUUCUGCACCUGGGAGCAUGCCAUGCAUGCCUAUAGCAACACAAAGUCUUGUUCCUCCUCCACCACCACCACAACUUCAGGCACCUCCAUUUAUGCGACCUGUUUACCAUCCUUCAAACAGUUCCUGGGAUCCCCGAGGUUUUAAUCAUCAGGUCACUCAGAAUCCAAUUUCACCUGGUGUAGUGCCUAAUACUUUUCAUUGCAGUGCUGUUCCAUCUCCCUUUGUUUCUGCUUCUGUGACUCCACUUUCUCAGAUGCAAGGACCACCUAUGCAGCAUUUUGAGCAGGGAUUUUCGCAUCCUGUUAUCCCGCCACCUUUAUCAUCGAUGCCACCCCCACCACCAGUUCCACCUCUAUCUCCGCCGCCAUUACCUCAGUCAUUACCACCUCUGGUUCCCCCUCCGCCUAAUUCACCUCCUCCGCCUCCUCCACCCAUAACAGAAUCAACUGACAUGGGUUGUUCUGAACAGUGUAUAAAGUAUCAGUGGCAGGGCUCAUUAUGUAAGAGUGGGGCUCAAUAUUGCACAAUUUAUGCUCAGAGACUAGAUUCAGAUCUUUGCAAAUAUUCAAACGCCAGUUCUGAACCCGCCGAAUGGCCUGCCAAACUAGACAUGACCAAACGCACGGAUUUCCGGCACGUCAAAUCAACUUUCACCAACACCCCACCACAUAAAAGAGAAGUUUGUUGUCUGAUCCCUUGUUCUGCAAGUGACUAUAAAGGCUUUCAGGAUUUUAUUUCGUACUUGAAGCAAAGGGAUUGUGCAGGAGUGAUUAAGAUUCCAGCAAUGAAAUCCAUGUGGUCCAGGCUUCUAUUUAUUCUUCCAUACUCGCAAGAAGCAUGUUCUAUGCUCUCGGUUGUACCACCUAAUGCAUCUGAUUGCCUCAUUGUCCUGGUUUUGCCCAAAGAAACAAAGCUU